AUGGCAUCCGAAGACCUCAGUGAAGAGGAGCGUCAGACGAAGGAGGAUCACUUGGUGUGGGAAACUAACUCAGACUUCCUGUACGAUCGGUUGUUUGAGGAAGAACUGACACUCCCGUCACUCACUGUGCAAUGGAUGCCCAGUAGGCCUGGCGAAGAUGACGACCAUCAACGCCUACUGUUCGGUACUUCCACAUUCGAUGCCGACAGUGAAAUGGCCGCCACCACCGAGAACUACCUGAUGAUCGCACAGCUAUAUCAGCCAUAUACCAAGGCCAAGCAAGAGCUCUCAGACCCUUACCUCCGUAAGGAAGGCACGCUGACGAUUGAAAAGAAGAUUAAACACAGAGGAGAGGUGAACAAGGCGCGGUAUAUGCCUCAGAAUCCGAUGCGGGUUGCCAGUCGUUCCAGUGAUGCAGACGUGUUUGUCUCCUACUUCGACAAGCCCAAAGAGGAGCCUAUCAUCCUGCACGGCCACACAGAGGAGGGUUAUGCGCUGGCUUGGAAUAUAGAGAAGAGUGGUCAGUUGUUGAGCGGCGCUCACGACGGCCUUGUUUGUCUGUGGGAGCUGGGUGAUUUCUCGCGGAAGAGUUACAAAGCACAUUUAACGUUCAAGGCACAUGCAGGUCCAGUGGCAGAUGUGGAGUGGCAACCAAACAACGAAUUCGUAUUUGGCUCAGUAGGUGACGACAGAAAGUUCAAUGUAUGGGACACGCGCAGUGAAAAUAAGGACACGCCCGCACAGACAGUCACAGCCCACGAGGGAGAUGUCAAUUGCAUGUCAUUCAACACAUAUAAUCCAUAUUUAUGCCUGACUGGAUCGUCGGACAAGACUGUGAAGCUGUGGGAUCUGCGACACUUUGAUCAGCCCUUGCACGUGUUUGAACACCACAAGGACGAAGUCUUCCAGGUACAGUGGGCGCCGUUGCACGAGACGUACUUCCUCUCCGGCUCUACCGAUGCCAGGGUAUUCAUCUGGAAUGUAUCGGACAUUGGUGCUCAACAAACCUUCGAAGAUGCAGAGGAUGGACCUGCAGAACUGUCCUUCCAGCACGCUGGGCAUAUGGCAAGGAUCGAAGACGCCUCCUGGAAUCCAGAGCUCCCUUUCUACAUCAGUAGUGUUGACGCGGACAAUUCGCUGCAGUGUUGGCAAACGGCGAAGGACAUGUUUGAGGAAGACGCAGUGGUCAGUGACUCUGAAUUGGAAUAGAUUCCAGACAGUGUGGAUUAGAGGUCGAUACUUGCGAUCUGGUCAACUGAGAAUCGAGCACGAAUAGAGCUAGAGAGUCUCUACGGUACCAGAUUGGCAUGGCGGUGCAUUGAGACUCUCUCUGUCCCGGAGAGGCAAUGCUGCUACUGAGCAGAUCUGUGUCAGGUGUUUGAUGGUCUCCAAAGCUUAUCCACCCACUAGCUGCUUAGUGACAACCUUUAAAGCACCUACGUGUGCCUGAUUGUCGAUAAGGCGAGGGUUUAUCAGAUGCAGCAUUCUUCGGAGAGAUGAUGUGGCCGCAGGUAUGAUGGAUGACAACCAAAUGCACAUCUAUGCGCGCGCUGCACACAGAAUGGCGAUUGUACCCAUAUGUUUGCCGUCAGCAAUACACACACCAGUGACUAAGUACAUCCAGUCAACCCAGUUCAAUGGCUUAAAGGUGGAACUUGAUAUGGGAAUGUAACUUGUACACCCUCG